GGCGAUGGCCGCUCGACGACAAUAGUCAUGAGAAAAAUUCUCGAAAUUUAUCAAGGUUUUGAAGGUUUGACAACAUUAGUCGACGUGGCUGGAGGAACCGGCAAGUGCCUCAAUAUGAUCAUCUCCAAGUACCCUUCUAUCAAGGGCAUCAACUUUGAUUUGCCCCAUGUAAUAGAAAGUGCACCUUCUUAUUCCGGGAUCCAGCAUGUCGGCGGGAGUAUGUUCUCCACCAUUCCAAAGGCAGACGCCAUCAUGAUCAAGGAUACCUUGCAUAAUUGGACCGAUGAGAACUGCAUCAAAAUAUUGAAGAACUGCUACGAGGCAUUGUCGAGUAAAGGUAAAGCGAUAGUGAUAGGUGUGGUGUUGCCGGAGGACCCGGAAACAAGUGCGGCGUCGCUGUACGCCUCGACACUCGAUAACACCAUGUUGAUGCAACCAGGAGGCCAAGAGAGAACGGAGAGGGAAUUCCGGGCCUUGUCCAAAGCUGCCGGUUUCUCCGAGUUGAAAGUCGCUUGUGUCGCUAGUAAUCUUUGGACGGUCAUGGAGUUAUACAAGUGAGAGACUAUCUUUGUGUGUAUCAAAUUUGUUGGGAGUUUGCUUCCAGGAAUAUAUAUAUUUAUAAAAUAUUAUAGGUGAUCUACAUGAAGUUGCCCAAUUUCUUGUUAUUCGAAUGAGUAGCUAGUAAACAUCCUUUGUAUGUACCCGUACAAUCAUUCCGGAUGUAGAAAAGAAUAGGUCGUGCUUUUUCCACUC